UCAUCGUCGUCCCCACCGCGUACAAACUCUCUCUCUCUCUCUCUGUGCACAAGUGAGACAAGCGGAGUCUUAGCGGACUGCCCCAAGAAAAUCGCCAUGUCUCUCUCCCUCAUCCUCACUCUCUCCCUCCUCCUCCUCCUCCUCUUCUCCGCCGCCGCCUCUCCUCUAGCGUCCUCCGGCGGCGACGACGACGAUAGCCCGUCGGCUUACGAGGUCCUCCAGGGAUACAACUUCCCGGCGGGCAUCCUCCCCAAGGGCGUGACCGGCUACGAGCUCGACCGCUCCACGGGGAGGUUCAGCGCCUACUGGGGCGGCUCCUGCAGCUUCUCUCUCCAAGGGUCGUACCAGCUCCGGUACAAGUCCACGAUCAGCGGGUACAUCUCGCAGAACAAGCUCACCAGCCUCAGCGGGGUCAGCGUCAAGGUGCUCUUCCUCUGGCUCAACAUCGUCGAGGUCGAGAGGGUCGGGGACGAGCUCGAGUUCUCGGUCGGCCUCGCCUCGGCUUCCUUCACCAUCGACAACUUCUAUGAGUCCCCCCAGUGCGGGUGCGGGUUCGAUUGCGUCGGCGGAGGCGCGAGGAAGAUCAGGAUGAAGACUCUGGCUGCUUCGAUUUAGGGCUUUGCUCGGCAGCAUUUGACAAAGCCAGUCCGACAAAAUGCUGUGAGCUGCCAGGGCCACCAUUAUUCAGAAGUCCAUUGGUGUCUAUGAUUUGAGCAGAAUGAGAAGUGGAAAGAAUAGCCUGUAAUAUUUGGGUAGGCUCGAGGUCAUAGUUCCUGAUAUGCUCUCUUUUGGGCAAGAGAUGGCUUGCCUGUACUCUCCUAUGAAAGAGAUCCUAGAGAUGGGCAGGUUGUUAAGGUCAGAAUUACUUUGGUGAUUUGCAGUUUCCGAUUAGAUUCGGCUGAAUGUCAGUUCGGUCGCAACAGUUGAUCAACUUGUGUAACUAACAAUUUACUUUGCAUUUUAAGAACUGAAGCAACUUUUGAAAAAAUUGUCUUUGGCCUUGUCCAAUUAGUAUCUUUGUACUUCAAUGAGAAUAGCGUUAGUGUCAUGUUCACCAACACCCAGAAAGAAUAAGCUUGAGCAAUGAAGAGUGCUGGAAAGUUAGAAAAGGAUAGGCAUUCUGGAUGUAGUUGCUUGCUUUUAGCAGCAUUGCCUGUGAAAAGAAAUCGAGGAAGUACGUGACCAGAAGCACUACUCCAUUAAGAUAUUC